CUCCCAUGCUCACGAAUGACGUCACAGUAGUCCGUCGACACCACAAGGAAAGGGAUUGAGUUUGGCUAGAGCCGUAAUUACAGCAAUUUUGCGUUAAAUUACCGAAACAGCCACAUGAAAGUUCUUCGAUUACAGAUUUUGAUAGACAUGGCGUGACAUAUUGCAUGUGUAUUUGGUUCAAGUGCUUUGUUCAGUAUCAACAAGAAUUGUUUCAGUGUGCGGUUAUGGAAAAGUUCUUGCUUAGGCCGACUAGGCUAAGACUUGCAGCUCGAUCUCAUGUUGUAUGAAGUGUUUUCUCCACUGCCAGAGUUGUUCGAAGAAUUUCCUGAACUUGCGAUACCUGCUUGAACGCCUGCAAGUAGAUUUUGCUCUGGACUGACUAUUCUUCGUUUUAUUUAGCAAUGAUUUCAGCUACGCCAAAUUCCGUUCGUUGGGACCAAGUUAACAGAGUUACUUACCGAUUUCAAGCAUUAAAUUUUCAGAGCGAUGUUUUGGAAGCUUUGGUAUUGAACUCGCCUCCUUUAUCAAGGAGAAGUAGAAGAAAGCCCAUCAUCAGAGGCUCAAGAUCUGAUUACUCUGGAAACAAGGUCGAAUUUUUGAAAGCUAGGAGUCUAGAAAGACGUAGCUUGUCGUUUGACGAGGGCAUUGCAGACAACCAAAAAAGUGAUUUGAAAUUUUAUGAAAAAUCACGUGUGAGUCAUGACCGAUACGUAUCAGGCAGGGCUGUACAUAGCCAUGUUGUAUUUGAACCAAGAAGAAGAGCAGUAUUUGAAGCAAUCGACAACGUUUCACAUUGCAAGGGCACAAAGGAUAGGCAAAAGUUAGAAAAUUUCGAAAACGCUGAUUCCGUUAGCUGUUUGUCAGUCGUUAAUACUGAAACAGACGAAAAACUUGACGAGGAUCUCGAUAAGAAAUCGAAAGAGUCUCUGAUAGAAUUAAUCAAUGACCUGCGAAAUGAAAUCAGGGAAUUAAAAGGGAACGGCGAUCAAAGUAGUCCGUGCUCAGAAAAGAAGUCGGAUAGCAAGGAGACUGUGGAUGUAAAAAGCAAACCCUGCUGCCGCUGCAAUUCUUCUGGAGUUUGCCUUGAGCAGCCUGAAUCUCCAGCGAAGAAGGACCAUCUGCAGUACGACAAAGAUCUGCUUUACCCUCAUAUGCAACAACUGGAAUUCGAGAUACGCAGAACUCGGAAAAUAGCAACCAUGUUUGAAGAAGAGAUAACUGGGUUGAAGGACCGUUUCUCUAAUGUUUUGGUUAGGACAAACCACUUGACGAAAAACAAAUGCUCCGCUGUCAACCCGGUGGCUUUGGAGAGGACAGAAAAGUUAGAUGAAAUGUGCAAUGGAGUUUCCAGUGUAACAGAGGAAAGAGAUAGCCAUCUCUCUCAAAACGAAACAAAUGAUAAAUGCGAUGAAAGCUCGACAAGUAUGAUAAAGCUAGAUACGGUUUCUGUAAUAGGUUAACGCAGCUGCAUCGAAUUGAAACAAAGUUACGUUUCUAAAUAUAUGUACAUUGCUCUAGUUUUAUCAGUUUGCGGUCGUUCUGACCAUCUCUCUGCGCUGGAAAAGGACUCUUUUCUAUUCCCUGAAUUUAAAUGUUUAUGUGAGAUAGCGGGUGAAAGCGCAAAUGUAUUAUAAGAGACGGCAUUGUUGCUAUAUUUCCCUCGAAACUCAUACAAUCCAUCCCAGUAGUUGUAUACGUGUUUUAUAGAAGCAACCUGUAAAUGUUAAAUUUAUAUUUAAUUUUUCACACUUGUUCCAAUAUUUUAUCUCCCGAUCCACCGCAGAUUUGAUGCAGUCGACGAAAUUCAUUCAGAGCGAUGAAAUACACAGAUAUCAAAGACACCAUUUUGUCAAUCACGCCAUUCACAAAUACGUUGCUCCGUGCAUUACCCCGCAACUGAUCUAAAUGUAAUUUCCUACUUGGCAAUCGUAUUUCCAAAAAUUUUCCUCUACUCAUACAUUUACAUAUUCAUCGGUUUCAAAAGCUAUUGUAUUGACACUCCUUUUUGGAAAAGUUCAAACACCAGAUUUUCUCAGCAAAGUUUAUGAACAAGGAUUUUUGGCAACAGCAGAAAGUUAGUAGGUGCUUACUCUGAUGAAUGUUGCUGCAAGUGACUGCCCUAGACGAUAUUUUCGUUGAUUUUAUUUAGCUGUUGUUGCCUGUACUUAAUUUGCUGCUAAGCUCGCAAUUUGUACACUCCUCAAUUUGGUGUAUGUCGUGAACGGUGUUUUAAACAUCGCAAUGUACGUGUUAAGUAUGCAUUAAUAUAUUCAACCAAGUCA